GCUUCCGCCCGUCUGGGUCACGUGGCGAGGCCGCCGCCGCAGCCAUCACCACUGUGGGCAGCCGAAUUUGGCCGCCACCGUCCCUUCCGCCCAUACGUGGGCUUUGCGCCCCCCAGGUGGGCCUGACUUUGGCUCCUUUCCUCCGUGGCGGCCACAUCCGUCGCCUUCGUGUCCCCUGGGGCAUUGAGGGUCCCUCAGGGCGGGACAUGGACGACCGGAAGUGGAAACUGUGAGCGUCGUAGCCCGGGGCGCUGAGGCCUGAGGCGCCGUCGGGGCCACCGCGACGCACGCAUGGAGAACGCUGGGCACUGGAUUGCGCACCGACAGCUAACUGAGGCGCACGGGCUCUGCGGGGCGAGGGCUUUGCAGAACCGACUGGCCUCCCGGAGCGCAGGAACAUGAGGCUUGGCUAGGAGCUCGCUCCGGGCAAGGCACGCAGUACGCGGGCCGGCCCGUAGCGAGUGAACAGCGCGGAGCCCGGGGACUCGCCUGUCGUUGUCAGUGUCGGCAUGGUCUUCUGUCUGGAGAACGAGGAGCCGCGCCGCCGGCUGCAAAGCGCCAUGGUCCACUUCCAGGCCUCGGAAGUCCAGCAGCUAUUACACAACAAGUUCGUGGUCAUCUUGGGGGACUCCAUCCAGCGGGCUGUGUACAAGGACCUGGUGCUCCUGCUCCAGAAAGACGCACUGCUCACAGCUGCCCAGCUGAAGGCCAAGGGGGAACUGAGCUUUGAACAGGACCAGCUAGUGGCUGGGGGCCAGCUGGGCGAACUGCACAACGGGACGCAGUACCGCGAGGUCCGCCAGUUCUGCUCGGGUUCUGGCCACCACCUUGUGCGCUUCUACUUCCUCACCCGCGUUUACUCCGAGUAUCUCGAAGAUGUCCUGGAGGAGCUGACAUAUGGGCCUGCCCCAGACCUGGUGAUCAUCAACUCCUGCCUCUGGGAUCUUUCCAGGUAUGGCCGCUGCUCAAUGGAGAGCUACCGAGAGAAUCUUGAGCGGGUGUUUGUGCGCUUGGACCAGGUGUUGCCAGACUCCUGCCUGCUGGUGUGGAACAUGGCAAUGCCCCUGGGGGAACGUGUCACUGGGGGUUUUCUGCUGCCAGAGCUCCAGCCCCUGGCAGGCUCUCUGCGGCGAGAUGUGGUUGAAGGGAACUUCUACAGUGCUAUACUGGCUGGAGACCACUGCUUCGAUGUACUGGACCUUCACUUUCAUUUCCGGCAUGCAGUACAGCACCGUCAUCGGGAUGGUAUCCACUGGGACCAACACGCACACCGCCACCUCUCACAUCUGCUUCUGACGCAUGUGGCUGAUGCCUGGGGUGUGGAGCUGCCCAAGCGUGACUAUCUCCCUGACCCAUGGAUUGAGGACUGGCCAGAGACGCAUCAUCCAUUCCAGGGAAGCCAUAGGCAGCCCCCUGACUUCGGGGAGCAGCUGGCCUUGCCCCCACCCUCUCCCUUGCCUCCUCCGAUGCCUUUUCCCUACCCUCUUCCUCAGCCCUCGCCACCUCCCCUCUUCCCAUCCCUGCCCCAGGAUGCCCCUUUUUACCCAGGCCAGCCCCUCCCACCCCAUGAAUUCUUCAAUCAUAAUCCAGUGGAAGACUUCUCGAUGCCACCCCACUUAGGAUGUGGCCCUGGAGUGAACUUUGUGCCUGGCCCUCUGCCACCUCCAGUCCCUGGCCCUAAUCCCCAUGGUCAGCACCGGGGCCCAGUGGUCCACCGGGGGAUGCCACGCUGUGUUCCCAAUGGCCCCUACCAUGUGCCGAGGAUGGGGGGGCCCUGCAGGCAGCGGCCCAGACACUCAGACAGACUAAUCCACUCAUACAAACUGGACAGACGGCCUCCAGCCCAUUCGGGAACAUGGCCUGGGUAGACUGAAUCUUGGGCUUGAGCUGGAUGUGCCAAUGACCUUGCAGGGUCUGCCUGGCUCCUCAGGUACUGGGCUAGGGUGUCUGCUAUGCCUGGUAUUGUUCUUGUCCAUUGCUGUCACCAAUAAAGGCAUGGAAGAACAGAGUGA